AGGUCGAGGUAUCGAAGCCUCGUACGACCAAGAGUUGGUCGAGCUAUAUCCACACCAAAGAAACAGACAGAUACUACUGUCAAUUGGUUGGAAUUUCAUUCUUCACCGUGACCAAACCUGAAACUGAAAGGUAUUGUUGAUAUAGUCCUCCAGUCGUCCAACAUUUACGGGACCGGUACGGAAUACUUCACGUCCUAUCGUGCGUAUCAUUGCCGCUCGUUUCGACACAACUAUUUUCGAAUAUCACACCUCUGGAAAAAGACGUCCUGCUUGUGCGAGUAGCUAUGAGAUAGCCUCGAAAUAGCUAAGCUAUCGAUUUCGGAAGUGAUUGAAUCGCGGACGACAAAAAAAAACAAGAAGAAACAAUGACCAAAAUGUCCAACAUCCCUCAUAUAUCGAACUGGGUCAAUGGCGCACAAGCUACAGCUUCGGCGGAGCGCAUCACGGUCCUGAACCCUGCGACCGAAGAACCUCUCGCCACCGUCGAGGCGACCACACAAGAUUCUGUCAAUGACGUCGUCGAACAAUCCAGACGGGCUUUUGCGAGUGGCACUUGGUCAAGAGCCGACGCCUCGGAACGGUACGCCGUGUUGUCGAAGGCGGCCGGUCUCCUUCGCUCACGCAUCCCUGAGUUUGUGGAACUGGAGACAUUGCAGACCGGGCGUCCGAUUCGGGAAAUGAGGGCCCAACUGGCGAGGGUUCCGGAAUGGUUGGAAUAUUUUGCGUCUCUGGCCAGGGUCCACGAAGGGCGAGUGACGCCGUUCAAGGGGCCCGUGAUCAACACGCUCACCCGCCUGCCGCUGGGCGUGGUGGCGCAAAUCACCCCCUGGAACCACCCGCUGUUGAUCGCCACGAAGAAGAUGGCGGCGGCCCUGGCCGCCGGCAACGUGGUGGUCGUCAAGCCGUCGGAACUCGCACCGAUGUCGGUGAUCAGGAUGGGAUCGCUGUUUCGAGAAGCCGGGCUCCCCGACGGCACCUUGCAAAUCAUCAACGGCCACGGGAGGGACACGGGCAGGUACCUGUGCGAGAACCCGCACCUCGCCAAGAUCGACCUGACCGGGGGGAUCGCCACGUACCAAGCCAUCGCCCCCGUGGCGGCCCUGAACAUGGUGCCCAUGACGGCCGAGCUGGGCGGGAAGGCCCCGGUGUGCCUGUUCCCCAGCUUGCCGGUCGACCGGGCGGUCCAGGCGGCACUUUUUGCGAGUUUCAUCGCCAGCGGCCAGACCUGCGUGACGGGCAGUAGACUGCUCGUGCAUCAGGACCUGUACGACGGGUUUUUGGAGUCGCUGGUGCGUCGUGUCGAGGGCCUCAAGGUCGGCGACCCGCAAGACCCGAGCACCCAGAUCGGCGCCGUGAUCUCCCGCGCGUCUGUGACGAGGUGCGGCGAAUUCGUCGAGCGAGCCAGAAAAUCAGACGGGGGCCGGGUGUUGUGCGGCGGGAACCCGACGACCGUCGACGGCAAGGGAUUCUUCUUCGAACCCACCGUCGUCGAGACCGUCCCCGGGACCGACCUGGCUCGCAACGAGGUCUUUGGCCCCGUCAUCGCCGUCAUCAGGUGUGCCUCCGAGGACGACAUCAUCCGCGUCGCCAACAACGACACGGCCUUCGCCCUGGGCGCCUCCGUCUGGACGCAGGACUUCGCCCAGGCCCACCGCGUCGCGGGCAAGAUCGAGUCGGGGAUCGUCUGGGUCAACGGGCACCACCUCAACGACCCUUCCUCCCCCUGGGGCGGGUUCGGCGAGAGCGGCGUCGGCAAGGAGAACGGCCAGGAGGCCUUUGAGAGCUACACCAAACUCAAGAGUACCGUCAUCAACUACGGCAUCGAACCCACUUGGUUCGACCCGGACAUUCAAGGUGCGAGGUAUGGUUGAACCUUACACUUGUACAUACCAAGUACUCCCGCAUCCAAGUGUAUGUAUAUAUAUGCACCUUGAUAUAUAUACAUCGUACCUCUAGAUACAUACAGUAUGACUCAAAGAAAAUAGAAAAUAGAUAACAAGCAGGCAGAAAGCCAUGAACCA